ACUCAUAAAGGCUAUGUUGCCUGUGUUUAUUAGAGUUAUUUUAACUGUGCAAUGAAAGUCAUGGAUAAUACAAAGUGAAGACAUAUAUGAUAUAUUUGUUCAUCCUUGUAAAGUGAACAGCCUGGACACAUCUGCAGCAGCUGGCCCCGCCCCUUUGGCCGCUACAAGCGCCUGCUGGAGCUGCUGCCAGGCAGCGCGAAGCCAGCGACCUGAGCGACCGCUGGCGCUCAUGACGCUUUUGGUGUGAAUGCACAUGAUGAGCGAGUGGAGGCAGACAUGGUUUUCUGAUCCUCAAACAUGGCCCCAGAUCAGCCUCGACCUCUCACCAUGGUCCUGCUUGGAAAAACUGGAGUCGGUAAAAGUGCUUCAGGAAACACAAUUUUAAGACGACGAGGAUUUGAGUCGAAGCUGUCCUUAAAACCAGUGACGAAACGUAUCUCUGAGGAAACAGAAUAUGUGUUCGGGCAACACAUCUCAGUGAUCGACACUCCAGGAAUAUUAGACACCAAGUACAAAGAUGAGAUUAAAGUCUUGUGUCAGGAGCUCCUGCAGUCCUCCAGACGUUGUCUGUUUCUGGUGGUGCUCAGAGUUGGAAGGUUCACAGAGGAGGACCAGAGGGCUGUGAGGACAGCUCAGGAAGUCAUCGGGCCUCGGGGGAUGAAAAACACUUACCUGCUCUUCACUGGUGGUGAUGCUUUAAAGGACAAGACGUUGGACGACUUUAUCUUUGAAGAUGAAGAAGAAGCUACACUUCCAGAUGUUGUUAAAAUGUUUGGGGGGGCAUAUCACCUCUUCAACAAUGAUGAUGAUGAUGAAGAACAAGUCAGACAGCUGCUGGUGAAGUCAGGCCACCUCUCACCCCAACAACAACCUGGUCCCUCAGCUGAUGUCUCCAGAGACAGGAGGAUCGUGCUGCUGGGUCGACCUGGAGCAGGAAAGAGUUCAUCAGGAAACACCAUCCUAAGAUCUGAAAAGUUCAAAUCAGGCUGUGGCUUUGGUUCAGUCAGUACUGAGACAGUCUCUGAAUCAGCCACAGUGGAGGGUCGUCAGGUCACAGUGGUCGACACUCCUGGAUUCACUGAUGCUGUUCUGACUCCUGAACAGCUGUACCUGGAGAUCAUGAAGUCAGUAGUGAAGGCCAGUCCAGGACCUCAUGCUUUUGUCUUUGUGGUCAGAUUAGGCAGAAUCACAAAAGAAGACAUCAAACUGUUUGAGAUACUUCCCAAACUGUUUGAGGGAGGUGCCUCUAAAUACUCCAUGGUCCUGUUCACUCAUGGAGACGAUCUAAAAGGUCAAACUAUGGAUAGUCUGAUCAGGUCCAACAGACACAUGUCAGACCUGGUCUCCAUGUGCGGGGGUCGAUUCUGUGUGUUUGACAAUAAAACCAAAAAAAGCAGAGAGCAGGUCAGAAGCUUCCUGAGUAAAGUAGAUGAGAUGGUGUCAGCCAAUGGUGGAGGACACUACACUGAUGACAUGUUCAGGAUGGCUGAGACGUUCAUUAUGGAAGAAAGGAGAAAAGACGCAGACAAGACAGGUCCAUCAGUAAAGACAGGUUCAUCAGCAGAGACAGGUCCAUCACUAUUGAAACAUGCCUGGGAAAGAAUAUGUUAUUUUUUAAAAUUAUUUUGGAAUGCAAUCUGUGGACUUUUCCAAAUGCAUGUAAGAAGCAAUACAGAUGAGAGAGAUAAUGAUUCAGUGCCUCUUCUCCUGACCAGGAGGAACCAGACACUUAAAAACCUCAAGUCACACCAGUGUCUCAUUGUCCAAGCAUCCCACAUGAAGCCCAGUAGAGGGGCAUUCCAUCAAGGCAGAUUAAGGAAAGGGCAGGCUUAUUUUGAUAAGUCUUGCUAGUUUAAGUGGGAGAUCACUUCCACUACUUAAGGGCUUCCUGCUCAGUAACCAUGGUAACUUAUACAGCUGAACUACCCUGCUCCAUGACGGGUUAACUGUCAGGCUUAGUGAAACAGCACAUCAAAAAAAUCCCCAAAAGACAGUUCUGUACAGUGCAUUUUCACAGGAAACAUUUUUAUGCCGUGUGUCAGGUGUUUUUCUCACAAUGUGACCGAGCAUGAAUUUACAUGUUCCACUUAGUUCCAAAGAACGUAAUAAUAAAAUUAAAGUUCUCUGACACAGGCCGACAUAUUUCAGUUAAUCCACCAUUUUAUUUGUGAUCACCCUGUUUUAGUUCAGAGUGUAGCAAUGCCCACAUUUCCCAUCAUGCCUAGUGCUGGACUGAGUGGUGAGUGGUUUGCAGUUAAGUUUGCUGUUUUAUGUUCCAAAACAUUAAAGUCACAUUUUAUCAGUGA